AUGAUGUUGCAAGACAUUGUUAUUCAUGAAAAACAACCUGCUGGGCAUGCUCUAGCAAGUGGACUGAAAAGUAAGAGAUUCUCAGCCGCAGCUUUCUACCAGAUCCAGGCACCAUAUUCACCUUAUGACUAUCAGCGAACUCACAAAUCCUCAAAACUCGAGUUACACCUUCUGCAUAUACUUCAUAACCCACCUUUACAGUCUCCGAGCCAAUUAACCGACCGUAAGAAGUACGAUUCUGAUCUUCAGCCUUCUUAUUCAGGGUGGUGGCCUGUGGAAGUGAAGGACAAUGGUAGACCCUUCUUCCACCACAUGAACGGAUGCAAAACCACUUAUAUUGUCUUUGUAUGGCACGCUAACCGAUUGAUUUCCAGGGAAUUCCAAGGAUUUCUGGAAUUUCAAGAAAAAACGUCCCAACGAAGCCACACAUACAGGCCCUGA